AUGACUUCUUUUAACACCGAGUCCUCGGAAGGACUUGAGAACGCAUCUUAUGACUUUGUGAUUGUCGGCGGAGGUACUGCUGGCCUCGUGGUCGCCAACCGACUCACCGAAAAUCCCAAUAUCCGCGUACUCGUCCUGGAAGCGGGAACAAACCGUCUCAACGACCCUCGAAUUACUGUCCCCGGCUUAGGGCCGGCGACGUUUGAAGACGAGGACUUUGAUUGGAAUUUCCGAUCAUGUCCCCAGGAACAACUCAAUGGCCGCAAACUCUUAGCCAACAAAGGUCGCACUUUGGGAGGCUCCUCGGCGAUCAAUAUGGGAAUGAUCAUCUAUCCCUCUCGUUCCGGAUUGAAUGCCUGGGAAAGAUUAGGCAAUCCCGGCUGGGGAUGGGAUGGCCUGGCCCCAUAUAUUCGCAAGUUUCACACAGCUACACCCCCAUCGAGUGGCAACCGUGAGUUCUUCAAGGGGAUGAAAUAUGACCAGCAGGAUCAGGGUAGUACAGGUCCUGUUCAAGUGUCAUUUGGAGAUCAGUACAUGCCGUACCAUGCGGCGUGGAUGAACACCUUCAAGACCCUUGGAUACCCGCAGGCCGAUGAUCCAAUCAAUGGCGCCGGUACAGGUCCCUUCGUGAGCCCCGGUGCUGUGGAUCCAGUUACCCACACCAGGAGUCAUUCUGCAGCUGCGUAUCUGGGGCCGGAUGUCCAAGUCCGAUCGAACCUCCGGGUCGUGACGGGAGCCUGUGUUGAAAAGAUUAUUAUGGAGAAGGGGGACAACGAUAAUAAUGCUGUUGCUACUGGUGUUCGUUUUAGCAAAGACUCGGAUGUGUACACCGUUUCAGUCGCGAGAGAGGUUAUUCUUGCCGCCGGAACAACCCAAUCCUCUCAGAUCCUAGAGCUAUCAGGUGUUGGAGAUGAAACCCUCCUCCAGUCCUACGGGAUCCCGACUAUCAUCAACAACCCCGGUGUUGGCGAGAACCUGCAAGAUCACGGUAUUGUCUCGUUUGGAUAUGAAGUUGCAGACGGUAUGCCGUCGGGCGACAUGGCGAGGGACCCCGUCAUUGCCGGUGCCGCCAUGGCCGCUUAUCAGAAGGAUGGCUCGGGACCUCUGGGCAUGGUGCCCCUGAUCUCUGCAUUCAUGCCGCUUGUAGACACCCCCGAAGACGAGAGGAUUCAAUUGCUCCAGAAGCUGCAAGCAUCGAUGGAUAGCCCGGACAUCUCGCGGACACAUAAGAAGCAAUAUGAAGCAUUGCAAACUGUGCUUCAGAAUCCCGAUGAGCCUACCGCUCAAUUUAUUUUAGCGCCAUUCCAGAUUCUGCCCCGUGAAGGAGAAUCCACUAAACGUCUUCUCAGUCUCGGGCACCCGGGUUUCUUUAUCAGUAUUAUUUCUCUUCUUAGCUACCCUCUAUCACGAGGAUCCGUCCAUAUCCAAUCUCCCGAUCCAAAGGCUGCUCCUCUCAUUGAUCACGGAACCCUCCGUCACCCCGUUGAUCUGGAAAUGCAUGCUCGGCAUAGUAUGUGGAUGGACAAGAUCUCUGAGACGGAGCCGAUGGCGUCGCUGCUGAAGAAGGGUGGCGAGCGUCUCCACACACCGGAGCCUCUCACGGACCUCGAGAAAGCAAAGGAGCUUUGCAAAGAGCUCAUCUUGUCCUUGUUCCAUGUCAGCGGUACCUGUGCGAUGAUGCCACAGGAAGAUGGCGGUGUUGUGGAUUCUCACCUGAAGGUGUAUGGCUCAGCUAAUAUCCGCGUUGUCGAUGCCAGUAUCUUCCCCUUGGAGCCGAGGGGCAAUAUCCAGGCGACUGUGUUUGCGGUUGCUGAGAAGGCGGCAGAUAUCAUCAAGCAGGACCUAACCUAG